UUUAGGGUUCCUUGGUGGCCACUUUCUCCACUUCCAGGUGCGCGGAGGUGGUGUGUCCCCCACGCGCUGCAGGCUCACGCGGUCGCCGGCUCGUGAUUGCUUGCGAGGCCGUCGGAAGCCAGGACAGUAGCGGGGGCGAAGCCAGCACCGCGCUCCGCCCUUCUUACCAGUAGGCCGAUUCCGGUGGUAGCAUCCGGUAGGGAAAUGGUCGUGCUUUCGGUGCCCGCCGAAGUCACUGUGAUCCUGUUAGAUAUCGAAGGUACCACAACCCCGAUUGCUUUCGUGAAGGACAUUUUAUUUCCUUAUAUCAAAGAAAAUGUUAAAGAGUAUCUGCAGACACAUUGGGAAGAAGAGGAGUGCCAGCAGGAUGUCCAUCUCUUAAGAAAACAGGCUGAAGAGGAUGCCCACCUGGAUGGGGCUGUUCCUAUCCCUGCAGCACCUGGGAAUGGGGUGGAUGACACACAACAGAUGAUCCAGGCUGUGGUAGAUAAUGUGUGCUGGCAAAUGUCUCUGGAUCGAAAGACCACGGCCCUCAAACAGCUGCAAGGCCACAUGUGGAGGGCGGCAUUCUCGGCUGGGCACAUGAAAGCAGAGUUCUUUGCAGAUGUAGUUCCAGCAGUCAGGAAAUGGAGAGAGGCUGGAAUGAAGGUAUAUAUCUAUUCUUCAGGGAGUGUAGAGGCACAGAAACUGUUAUUUGGGCAUUCUACAGAGGGAGAUAUUCUUGAGCUUGUUGAUGGUCACUUUGAUACCAAGAUUGGACACAAAGUGGAGAGUGAGAGUUAUCGAAAGAUUGCAAACAGCAUUGGGUGCUCAACCAACAACAUCUUGUUUCUGACAGAUGUUACUCGAGAGGCCAGUGCUGCCGAGGAAGCAGAUGUGCAUGUAGCUGUGGUGGUGAGGCCUGGCAAUGCGGGAUUGACAGAUGAUGAGAAGACUUACUACAGCCUUGUCACGUCCUUCAGCGAACUGCACCUGCCUUCCUCAACCUAAAGAUGGCUUCUAAGGAAGACUGAACUGUUCCUCAGAGUUUUCCCCAUAGUGUCUAGUUUUAUUCUAAUGAUAAAAGUAACUUACUUAAAAAAUACAUAUAUGUACACAUAUAUGUAUGCAAGUAUAUAUAUGUAUAUGCUCAAAUUAACUUCUACAGGCACAUAGGUGAAAAAAGUCUCAGUUCAGCGAAAACAAAACUUAUUUAAAGAUGCUUUAUAUGUAGAAAUUGUGUGAAAUCAUAACUCUAACCUUUAUUGAGGGCCAAGUGUAUUUGGUAGAAAAAAAUUGCUAAAAUACAGAUCGGAUGGUAAGUUUAUCAAGUCUUAUAUCAAAAUGUAAAGCUAGUUUUAAGGAAUUGUUCAGAAGCCCCGUUAUUUUAAAAACUGCAGAUAUUUCAGAGACUUAUUUCUAAUGAUAAUUAGUUGCACCUAGACAAAGGUAUUUAUUUCUCCUUCAAAAAAACAAAAUUGGGAAAGAAAACUCACUUGAGUCUUGAUCAAUCAUCUAUUAUUUAGCAAGAAACUUUCUAGUCACUGUGGCACCCACAGCAAGCAGUUGCCUUAUCAGUGAAAAAGGUGCACUGACAUAACAACUAAAGUAGACAUGUGGUUCUUAAUGUUUAACAAAGACAGUCCUAAUCCUGGCAGUUGUUAGCAUUAUAGAUUUUAUAUUUGCCUUUCUAACUACUUAGCACAGUUUGAGAAUAUGUUAAUUGCUAUUUACUGUUAAAAAAGGUUUUACUGAAAUCAUUCCAUAAGAUCAAGAAGAGCCCUAAUAUGUAAUAUUUUCCUCUGAAUUGGAUGUGAGAAAAGUAAAUUUUAUAACAGCAUUAUUUAUCCUGGUUCAGCUCUAACAGUAGGAUGUCAUGUCAAUUUCAUGUUGUGAUUAAUAAAAGCAUUUUCUUCACUCA